UUUUCAAAAGUGCUAUUAACAUCAACAGAGCAGUAAAUCUAGGACACCAUACUUUUUUUUUCAAAGUUGUUAAGAAGAAUUAUAUCAGACUGCAGGUGUCACACGCAGAGUUACUCAGAAUCAGAAAGAAGGCUGAUCAGGGGUUAGAAGAUCUCCAUCUAUCUAUCUUUUUGCAACCAACCACGUCCAGGCUGUUUAUUUAAUACUUCCUCUUGCUAAUGAAGGUACUGGUUGGGAUGGGUCGGGCUUUCCCAUCUCAGCAUAAGACUGCAAGAUUUGAAUGUGCCCCUGUGCCGGUUUCACUGACCACAGCAGGUACCCCGGGCAACACUCUGAGCAGUAGUAACAGCAAGUGUGGAGGCAAGACACAUCAAAGCAGAGAUGGGAACUGAAAGAGCUCUCGUUCUGGACAGAUUAGCAAGCAAUGUGGCAAAACGAAAAAGCUCAAUGCCUCAGAAGUUCAUUGGUGAGAAGCGCCACUGCUUUGAUGUCAACUAUAAUUCCAGCUAUAUGUACGAGAAGGAGAGUGAGAUGAUACAGACCCGAAUGAUGGACCAAGCCAUCAAUAACGCCAUCAGCUAUCUCGGAGCAGAAGCCCUGCGUCCCUUAGUCCAGACACCACCUGCUCCCACCUCAGAGAUGGUUCCAGUUAUCAGCAGUAUAUAUCCCAUUGCCCUCACCCGUGCUGAGAUGCCAAAUGGUGGCCCCCAGGACCUGGAGAAGAAGAACAUGCACCUGUCAGAGAAGAGCAUACCUUCUGAAAGAGGUCUCUCCCCCAACAACAGUGGCCAUGACUCUACGGACACUGACAGUAACCACGAAGAGCGUCAAAAUCAUAUUUACCAGCAAAAUCACAUGGUUCUUCCUCGGGCCCGCAAUGGGAUGCCACUCUUGAAGGAGGUCCCCCGUUCUUAUGAACUCCUCAAGCCCCCACCCCUCUGUCCAAGAGACUCCAUCAGAGUAAUCAGCAAAGAGGGGGAGGUAAUGGAUGUGUAUCAGUGUGACCACUGUCGCGUCCUCUUCCUGGAUUAUGUGAUGUUCACUAUUCACAUGGGUUGCCAUGGCUUCCGUGACCCUUUUGAGUGUAACAUGUGUGGGUAUCGAAGUCAUGAUAGGUAUGAGUUCUCAUCUCACAUAGCCAGAGGAGAGCACAGAGCCAUGCUGAAGUGAAUAUCAUCCUAGAGAAGUGCCUAAGUAUUCCACAUCAUUCUUAAGAACCGAUACCCCUACCUAUCAAAUCACUCCAAAACUAACUCAGUUCCAAACUCCUUUCCAUACUGUUUUGAGGAUCCAAAGAGUCCAUGUUCACAAGGGCAGCCAGAGAAAUAUUGUCUUCAUUCAGAAAUUGUUUGCAACUCUUCUGUGAUACCACUUUUGUGAAACCUUUGUUUUCCCGUCAGAGACUUGAAUUUUAUGAUAUUUAAAAGCCAGUGAAUUAUUUGGUCAUUACCUCUUGCAGUAGUAGAAUG